AUGGAAGAUAGUACAUUCAAUAAAUUAGUUGAAGUAAUAUAAUUCAAAAUAUUAGUAAGUUUAAUCUUAAUUGACUUAAUUACAUGAUAAUGUAGAAUAAUUUGAGCAAGAUCAUAAAGAUGUCAUCAAUUCAAGUGUUGGCCAAGAUAUUAUAGAUUUACAAGAUUAGAUAUAAAACUUGUUAAAAUAGCUUUAAGGUAAUAUGCAAAGACUUGAUAAUAAUGCAGGUCAUCUUCCAGGUCGUUAAUAAAAGUAUCAUACAAUUAUAUUUAUAAAAGAAUGAAAUAAAUCAAGUAAUUCUACAAAAAAGAAAUCGAUAAGUUUACUUCAGUUUGUAAGUAAUUGGAACAACAGUUAUAAUAAAAAAGAAAGACAAUUGCUAUGAAUCAAUAAGUUAAAUGGAAUGACCCUAAACCAAAACCUGUAGAUUAAUUACAAGAAUAAUUAAUGCACGAUUAGUAUGACGUUGAUAAUUAGAUGAUAAAAGAAAGAGAGGAAGAUAUUUAAAGAAUAGUAUACUUAUUUCCAAUAAAAGGAUCGAGAAGCUUAAAUGCUCAAUAAAUUAGUCGGAGAAUUGGCAUUAGAAGCACAUAAAGCAGACGAAGUUCUUGAUCUUGUUGAUACUCAUCAAUAGACUACUAAAGACAAUUUAGUGAAGGCCAAUGUCGAAUUAGAUUAAGCCUAAGAUUCUCAAAAAUCUGCAAAUAAGAAAUGGCUUAUCAUAGCUAUUUUGGCAAUUAUUGUUGUAGGAGUAUUAGUUACAAUUUUAGUUCUAAAAUUGAAUUGAUAUUAAUAACAAACA